UAUCAGUUGUCAAAAUUCCAUUUCGUGUAGAUUGCUGAAUAAAACACAGAUGAAUAAUACAUUCGCUUAUCGCAUAUUGUCAUUACAAAAUACACAAAAAGAAUCAAAAUUUGUCAAUAUUGGAAUUAUCAAAGACGUCAUUGUGUUGAUGAAAACUUGCUAUGAUUUUGAUCAAAUCUCAUUAUUAUCUCAUGGUCAGAACUGCUAUAAAAGAAUAACUAUAUAUUGGUGAAGUUUAUUGGUAAACCAUAUUUCAUAGCGGACUUAUCUGUCAGUCAAUCUUCUUCAUUGAAAUAACAAUGCAGAAAGAAGCUUGAUUUAAUUAUCAGCAGAUGUGCCGUUCAGAAUAACAAAUAUUUGUAAUGAUGGAACCGAAUGUUAUUCUACUUAGUGUUUUGUUUAUAUUUACGGCCGUGGUAACUUGUAAUCAGCCAAAAUGUGAUCCAAGGAAAGAUAACGUUAACAGAAAGUGCCAAAAGCCCUGUGCUAUAGAGGCCUGCAAAAGUAAAAGAAAAGACUGCUUAUGUGAUGGAGAUUGUGGGUUAAGUUGUAUAAAUAAAAAUAUGAAAUGCGAACCUAUAGGUUCUAUUCAGUACGGAGAAGUUACUGUCCUACCAUAUAACAAGUUCGCUGCUAUAGCAAGAUACGAAUGUCACGAAGGAUAUGAAAUACAUGGGAAACAUCAGAGAGUUAGGGUAUGUCAAGGAGAUGGACAAUGGAGCUUAUCUCCCCCUGAAUGUAGAAUAAACAUUAAUCAGUCUAUUCAAGCAAAAGCAGAAUGUGGAAAGCCUCCUGUUGUCAGCCAUGCUCAUCAUGAUGGAGAAAUCUAUCAGACUACUUUCGAUAUUGGAAGCAUGUUACAAUAUACAUGUGACACAGGAAACACUGGCAAUCAAAAUGAUAUUAGUAGGGCGUGGUGUGUAGGUGCAGGCAUCUGGGUUGGUCCUAAGAUGACGUGUAGUAGUCCAGGAUGCCCUCGACCUAGAUCAAUUGAUAACGGAAGAGUAAAAGAACCCUUUAAAAAUAGCUUUGGAGAUGAGAUGGAAUACCAGUGCAAUGAAGGAUAUUUCUUGACUGGAAGGAGAAUGAGGACAUGUUUAGCCAAUGGUACAUGGGAUGGACAGGAACCCAGUUGUGAAACUGUCACUUGCCAGGAACCACCAAAAAUAGUGAAUGCAUUGCAUGAUGGCUAUGACGAAUCUAGUUUGUAUCCAGCCGGACGACAGGUGACAUACGAGUGUACUAAAGGGUACAGACAAAAUGGCGGACAUCCACGUGCAAUGUGUAACGGGGAUGGUGAAUGGGUAGGACUAAGUCAGUUUGCUUGUGGUCCUGUGAAUUGUGGUUUCCCUGUUGAUAUAAAGGAUGGAUGGAGAGAAGGGCAUAUGUUUGAGUACAAAAAUCAAGUUAAAUAUAACUGUAAACAAGGGUACAAACUUCAUGGUGAUAUAAUAUUAACAUGCGAAGCUGAUGGGAUAUGGGAAGGACUAGUGCCUGAAUGUAUUCCUGUUGAAUGUCCACAUCUCAGUUUACCUCGCUAUGGUACAAUUAUUGGAUCAGGAAAUGCUUAUGGCACGGUUUUAAGCUUUGAAUGCAUGAAAGGUUUCAAACACAAGGGAUCAGUAGAAAGACGAUGUCAAGAAAACGGGCAGUGGAGUGGAGAUGAUGUUACAUGUUCAGAAGUCAACUGUGGAUGGCCAAAACCCUUUUACAACGGAUAUCUUUUAGGUCAGAAAACUUCCGUUGGAUCAGUUAUUUUCUACAGCUGUGACAUUAGGACGAAUUUUGAAGGUUCAUCACUUAAGACAACAUGUCUAGAAAACGGGACCUGGUCACAUCCUCCACCUCUAUGCUUAGGACAGUGUCUUAUUCCUAGUAUACCAGAUGCAACUUUGAAUGGACAACCAGACAAACGAGAGGGUGUUUGGGCUCGUCAUGGGACUGUUUUAAACUAUCAGUGUAAACAAGGAUUAGUUCCUGAUGACAAUAGACCCGUGAGAUGUGACAAUGGGACAUGGACUUCUCAACCUAAAUGUACACCUGCUGCAUGUAAAGGUCCACCGCCACAUAUUGAUAAUGGAUUAAGGAUAUUUGAAGGAUUGAAGCAUAAUAACAGGGCUAAAUAUAUAUGUAGGAAUGGUUAUCAGUUACUCGGAAUUACGGACCACUCGCCCUAUCUAAUUUGUCUAUAUGGAAGUUGGAGUGGUGGAACGCCUAAGUGUAAAGAAUUUUAUUGUCCAAAUCCAGCGGUUGCGGCACCACUGAAAAAUGGAAAAAUUUAUAAAAGAGUCAACAACGGAAAGUUUCAAUUUCAAAAGUACAUAACAACCAUAAGGCAUGGAACGAGACUUUUAUUUAUCUGUGAUCCAGGUUUUAUCAGAAAAGGUCCCAGUGGCGCAACAUGUGUAAAUGGAACAUGGAGCCCAAGUAUAGACAAUCCAGGAACAAAAUGUGUAGAACAAAAUCAUCCUGAGUUUCCAAAACUUUGGAUGGCAGAAGAAGAAAAAAAUAGAGAGAUUCCUUGAAAAAGUGCAAUUAGAUGCAAGACUUACCUAUCAUAUAUAUUAUAUAUCGCUAAGCAGACAAAGGCAUAUUUACACAAACGCUUGCCCUAACAAAAUAUGUGUUGUUGUAUAGUUAAUAUAAUUUAGUUAAAUGUGACAUUUUGAAGGCCUUAAACUUUCUAUAAUGUUAUCAAAAUAUUGUUUUAGGUAGCACUGGGGUAAAUAAUUGCAACUGCCAUUUUUUUAUUAUUCUUUUGCGAGGAAUUCCAAUUGAAACUUUUUACCGAUGUUCGUUGGUUUGGUAUACAUUUUUAUAAUGUGAGUCACAAAAAAGGCAGUCUUCAUCUUUGAUAUUGUACCACGUUAAAGUUUUGUAAGCGUGUGUUGAGGCAAACUGAAUCGACAAAAAAAAAUUAAAUUGAAAUUUUGCGAUUUUUCCAAUUUUAAACAUUUUGAUUUUCAAAAUUGAUGUUUGUCAGAUCUAACCAGUUUUUUUUUACUAAUAAUGUUAUUGUUCUCUAUGUUUAUGGUAAUUAUCAGAAAAAGAUGUAAAUUAACCCAGAAAACUGGAUGCCUUUGUUAUAUUCAAAAUCACCUUUAAAGAAGAGAACAGGAGUUUACAAUGUGAACGGCCCUUUGAUAUAUUUGAUGCAGACGGUUUUUAUUUUUACCAUUUUAAAUGCCUUUUUGAAGUUAUGAAAAUGUUGUUGAAAUGCCUGUAUUGUCGCUAUAAAUUAAUGUUAAUUUUCAAAACUUUUAACAAAGAAAUUCAGUAUAUUUGCAUGAAAUUGAUUUACCACUUUAAUCAUCUUUUUAAAUAAUAUCAUUUUGCCUAAAAAAUAUUUGUUUAUGCUAUCAAAAUAAUUAAAGUCUUUGUUUUAUUA